CAAUUGUAGUCCACGUACUUGUAGUAAGUUAUAUACGAGUGAGGUCUAUAACUUGUCGUUACAUAGAAUAUUAUCACCAAUGUUUGGUCUUGGCUGUUAAUUAUUUGUACUUUUGGAUUUGUUUUAAUCAUUUCACAACAUCUGUCGUUAUAUAUCGGUCUAAAUUGUAAUGUAUUGCUGCUGUUUUGCAAACCGCAUAUAUAACUUGGAUAAUUAGCCUCUGGAAGCUUAGUUAACCGAGGAAUGGUUAUGUUCUUAAUCAUUCAAAAAUGCCAAACGAUGUCCUUUUCAAAGACAAUCAGGCUAGUUACUCCCUUUGAAGUCAUUGUCUCUAGAAACUUAAUAGAGAGCGACCUUAAUCUGUUGCUAACAGAAAGUCUGGACGCCAGAAACUGUCAGCUCAAUGCAACCAAAUCAUUCGUUACUCUCCACCUCAUCUGAAGGCAGGUAAAGGUGCCGACUCGUGGGCUCUCUUGGACUCCAUUUAUGGCAUACAUCCUUCCACAUCAUGAAACACGCAGAAUUGUUGCACCCUCUUUCAUCAUUGAGAAAAUGAAUCGGCUAAAGCUGAAUUACCACCCCUUCAGCUCCCUGCGGGUUCAUACAAUCCAGUCAAUAAGCGUGUUAUAUAUGUUGGGGGACUAUCAGAGCAAGUUGAUGUACCUCUUGUUCGUGCGGCGUUUAUCCCUUUUGGAGACAUAGUUAGUAUUAAUAUGCCCAUGGACUAUCAAACUGAAAAACACAGAGGUUUCGCUUUUGUUGAAUUCGAAGAAGUUGAAGAUGCUAUGAGUGCCAUUGAUAAUAUGAAUGAAAGUGAAAUAUUCGGGCGUACCAUCCGUGUUAAUGUGGCAAGACCAGUACGCAUACGGGAGGGUUGGAGUCGACCUGUCUGGUCGGACGAGAAUUGGUUGAAGAAAUAUGGCAGUGCUCCAUUAGAAGGACGAAAACUGGAUGAACCUGAUAUCGUCAACCCAUCAGAUUCUGCAGAAAAUGUUGAAGACUUGAGUGAUGAAGAAAUGCGAAUCAAAAAACAAAAACGAAAUCUUCCUCGAGUAUUCUUCGAUAUUCGAAUUGGAAACGGAGAUGCUGGUCGUAUAGUGAUGGAGCUUCGGUCAGAUAUUGUCCCGAGAACUGCUGAAAACUUCCGUGCCUUGUGUACAGGAGAACGUGGAUUCGGUUACCAUAAUUGUUGUUUCCAUCGAGUUAUACCACAAUUCAUGUGUCAAGGAGGCGACUUUGUAAAAGGGGAUGGGACCGGUGGCAAAUCAAUAUAUGGACGUAAAUUCGAUGAUGAAAACUUCCAACUCCGACAUGAAGGGUUCGGUGUUCUUUCCAUGGCGAAUUCUGGACCAAAUACAAAUGGAUCUCAGUUCUUCAUUUGCACAACAAAAUGCGAUUGGCUUGAUGGCAAACAUGUUGUUUUCGGUCGAGUAGUGGAUGGACAAAAUGUCGUAAAAAAGAUGGAGUCCGUUGGAUCGAAAUCUGGUAAGGUCAAAGAACCCGUUAUCAUAUCUCGGUGUGGAGAAUUAAUUUAACGCAUCUGGAUUGUAAAAUGGAGAGAUGUACAGUUUUGUUUUUAAGUGUUUUUCAACAAUAUACCAUUAUUGAAAUA